AUGUCCCUAAGGGCUGUACAUGAUCACCCUGACGGGGGCGGAUCUCUGCAUGGGGUCCUUCAUGUUCACCACGGUGGCUGUUCUCCGACGCCGAUUGACCUGGUGGGAGAUGUUGAUCCAGUGGGUGGUGACGUUUCUGGAGAAUUUGGCUGGGUCAUUGUUUGUUGUGGCGAUUAUCUUCGGCUGUACCUCUUCCCCCUACUUCGAGAUGGAGCAGAUGUUAGUCGAAUCGUCGAAUCUAGAUGGAAAUAUCUUCCCGAGCCGUACAAAUCCGAAAUCAUCACCUUCGCCACCAAGAAACAAGUCGUCCCCGACUUCCACAUGAUCUUCCUGCGAGGCAUUGGCUGCAACUGGCUCGUCUGUCUCGCUUGUUUCCUCGGUCUGCAAGGACUGGACCUCGCCUCGAAGAUCUUAGGCAUCUAG